AUGGCAUCAGAAACCUAUCAAAUUUCAGAGGUUUUGGCCGUCGCACGGCUCCACCCUUUCUAUAUCCCCUCGAUCAAGUACCCACCAGAUGCAGAGACCAUCAAAGGGGCUCAGGAGCAAGCAGUUCGCAGUAUCGAGAAGUUCGAUCUCAGCUCCCAGGGCUUCCUAAAGAAGAAAGACCUCUUCCAUAAUAUUGAUCGUCUUGUGAACGACAUGAGUCCCCAGAAUACGUAUCGUAGAAGCUGCUAUACAAGCAUGACUGGUGGUGGAUCUGGCGGAAUUCAACUGCUUUUUACCACAGAUGUGCAUGAAAACCGCAAACAUCGGGCCUAUUUUGGCAAAUUUUUAAAGGCAACUGGCGUUGUCGAGGAAACGGACUGGAUUCUAACAACUCAUUUUGAAGGUCAUAUAUAUCGAUCUAUGGAUCUCAUGGCCGAGCUCUUCGAAAAUGGGGGAGCCAGCGUGCUGUGUGGUGGCAGUUAUAUGUCAACAGCUGAGGUUGUUAAGACGCUGACUGACUACCACGUCAAUGUUCUGGCCGGAGAAAGCAGUCAAGUUAUUAAUACAGUACAGUAUAUCUCAACACUUUCUCAAGAAGAGAAAGAUCGAAUAAAUAUCGGAAAGGUGAUCUAUACCUCAGAGAUGUUGACCUCCGCUCAACGAUCAUUCAUUUUGGAAAUACUUGGGUGCGUCAAAAUUUGCUCCAUCUAUGGAAGUGCUGAAGCCGGCCCUUGGGCGGUCAGUAGCCCCGAAAUUUUAGAGCAGGGCUCUGGAGCGUCGCAAGAUUUCAUUUUUGAUAAGCGCUCAAUGGUGGUCGAAAUUCUUGACCCUUCAAUCAUGGAAACAGACACAAGUUCUUGCUCUGCUCCUUGUUUGAUUCCGGAUGGAGAGCGUGGAAUUAUUGUCCAGACAUCUUUGAACCGUCUACGAAACCCGCUUGUCCGAUAUGUUACAGGAGAUCUCGGGUCAGUUCAUCCGUUACCGGAGAGUGUUCGAUCACGCAUCUCUGAUGCAGAUUCGCGAUUCUGGCAGGUUCUUCGCCUAUAUGGCCGUGAUCGACGAUUCAGCUUUGAGUGGGAUGGAAUGUAUUUUGAAUUUGAGAGCCUUGCUGCUCUUCUGAGUCAUGACGAAUGCGGAGUGUUGCAGUGGCAGGUGAUUUUGAAUCGGCUAGACUCAUGCCCGAGGUCUACAAUCGAGAUCCGCGUCUUUCUUUCGUCCCACGACACAUCAUUGCUAUCAGAGGCAGAUUUGAAAGGGCGCAUUAUGAACUUCUUCAAUGCCUAUGCAGGCAAUCAAGCUCGGCUGUCUGUUACCUUUGUCGAAGACAGGAAGGGAUUUGUGCGCAGUGCCACUGGAGAUAAAAUUCUGAAAUUCGUGGACAAAUUCAACUAA